CAACUCUGCGGUGCCCGGCGUCGGUCGUGGUGGCGUAGUCAUGACGACGGGCGGUCGAGCGCUGUUCAUAGCAACGGACGGUUAACUUCUUAUAAAUAAAAGAGAGUUCGAUAGCUGACAACUGUUAAAACCAGUGGGAUGAGACGGAUUCUCUCUUUGCAUUUCAUCCGAAGUUUAUAAGUUAUUAGUUAUAAGUUAUUAGUGAUUCGGUAUUAGUUAUUAUUAAUCGUCAUUCCUGCGUUGUUACAAGUCACCCAUUAAUUGAUAAGACGUUGGUCCGUUAAUUAGCGUCCGGUUUCGCUGGUUCCUUCGUCGUGGUUCGGGUCUCUAUUCCGUGUCCAGGACCUCUAACCCCCGCCGGGUCUCCAGACCGGGUCCAGGUCCCCUGACCCCCCGCCGGGUCCGGUCGGGAUGAGGACCCUAAGGUCGGAGCGGGGUGAGGAGCAGGCGGUGGCCGCGAGGAGGACGGAGUCCGCGGAUGCGCGGGAGAUCGACGCCCUGCUGGGCCCCCCAGCCGGGUCGGUGUUCGGGAGGGUCAACGUCAUCCACCUGCUGGAGCGGGCCAACCUGGCGGUGACCCUGGCCGGUGAGGGGGGUGAGGUGGUGGGCCACGCCUCCUUCCUGGACCACCCUAUAGGGGGCCUGGUGGACCCGGCCCACUGGGAGCCCUACAUGCAGCGGCACUUCCAGGCUGGGACCCUCACGCCGCUCAACACGCUCUUCCUCCACCUCUUCGUGGCCCAGCCCGGCUUCGCCCCGGACAGCGUCAGAGAGAUCCUGAGAGCCGUCUUCCACGCCGUCCCAGAGCUGCACUUCAUCUGCCUGCUCAGCCCCCACCUCCACCCUCUAGAUCCGGUCCUGGAGGAGGUGUUUGAGCCCCUGCAGACCCACCAGGACGCCCCUCCCUGUGUGGCGCUGAUCAGCUACCGCCACCAGUACUGCCCACGCCUACACGUGCGCCAGGGCAGGGAGGAGGACCACGAUGAGCUGCUGCACAUCGUCUCGGAGCAGUCCACGGAGCUGGAGGAGAUCCUGGGCGGCUACUCCCUGGCCACGCUCCUCGAGGAGCAGGACCCCCAGCACCAGACCGCCGUCUGCGAGAGCGGGGGCGCUGCGGUGGGCUUCAUGAGUGUGAGCGCCGACGUGGAGCUGGAGGUCCUGGACCAGAGCUUUGACCUCAGUGCCUUCGGCGGGCUCUACAGACCCUCACCGGACCCCCACCCUGCCCCUCUCCCCGACAACCCCACGGAACCCGCAGCGGACCAGGGCGGGGGUGUGGAGGACGGGGGUGGAGAGGACGGCCAGCAGGGGGCGCCAGAGGCCUCCUCCCUGCAGCCCAACGUCUUCUGCGUUCAGAUGUUCGUCAUGGACAAGGAGCACGAAACCAGAUCUCUGGACUUCCUCCCCUAUGUCUUCAAACUCUUCCCUGACCGGGACCUGUGUGUGAUCGCGGUGCCCCGGCUGGCUCCUGAGGGCCCCCUGCUGCAGGGCUUCCAGAGGGUCCCCCCCCGGCCCGGCUGCACCCCUCACCAGGAGCUCUACCUCUUCCACCGCACCGGCCUGCUCAGGAGCUUCUUGGUGCGCAGGGCGGUGGGCGCGGACCGAGCUGCCGUCUGUGACCUGGUGGCGGGGGUCACAGGUCACCGGUCCCUUCUGGACGACCUGGACAUGUUCCUCCAGGCCCGCAGAGACCCGGAGGGCGUCCCACUGGAGGCGUUGGUGGCCCAGGUGGAGGGCCAGGUGGUGGGGGUGGUGAUCCUGAGAGAUGAGGAGGACGUGGAGUUCCUGCGGGCGCACUACGGCGUGGAGAGCUUCGUGUACUUCAGCCAGCACGCCGCCCGGGAGCACGGCCGGCUGCGCCACCUCCGCCUGCUGCCCCUCUUCCAGCACCUCACCCCCCACCUCCUCCGGGACGUCCUGCGGCUGGCCCACAAGACCUGCCUGUACCUCCGCACCUACCCCCCCUUGCACCCCGCUCAGCAGAUGCUCCGCGCUGAGGGCUGCGUCCACGACUGCAUGGUCCCCCUGGCGCCCCGCCGGCAGGUGGUCUACCCCCUGGGGGAGCUGGGACACAACGCCCCCUCCUGGAGGAUCAUGCAGCAGCAGGAGGCCUUUGCGGUGAGGUUCCUGAGCAGGAAGCUGACCCUGGAGCCCAAGGUGGUGCUGAACACGCGGGUGGUGGUGGUCGGGGCAUCCCUGACCGCCCUCGCCUUCCUGGAAGUCCUCGCCCUCUGCCCUCACCUGCGCUUCACCAGCCUCACUCUGGUGUCGCCCCACGGUUUCCCUGACAACCGCAUCCACGGUGAUGCCCACUUCCUCUCCACAAGCUGCCCCCCCUCCCGCUGUAGCGACUCGGCCCUGCUGGCGGUGCGCUCCGUGGUCGCCGUGGUGACCGGGCGGAUGGUGGCUCUGCAGCGGGCGGAGAAGUGGGUGGUGCUUAGCGGGGGGGGGCGGGUCCCCUACGACCACCUCAUCAUCGCCACCGGCCUGCAGCACCAGGUCCCCUGCCCUACAGGAGCCCCUCUCGGGGGCCCCCAGACCGACGACCUCCAGACCGACGACCUCCAGACCGACGACCUCCAGAGCCCCCAGACCGAGGACCCCCAAAGUCCCCAGACCGAGGACCCCCAAAGUCCCCAGACCGGGGACCUCCAGCCUGGGGACCUCCAGCCUGGGGACCUCAAGACACCCGAACCCGGAGACCCCGAGAGCCCCCAGACCGGGGACCCCCAGAUCCCCAAGACCCCCCAGAACGGAAACCCCCAGAGCCCCAAGACCCCCCAGACCGAGGACCCCCAGAGCCCACAGGACGGGGACCCCCAGACCCCCCAGUCCGGGGACCCCCAGACCCCCCAGACCAGGGACCCCCAGACCCCCCAGACCGGGGACCCCCAGCCCCUCCCCGGGGGGCCGCCCCCCAACCUGCUGACCCUCACAGACCAGCGGGACUGCGAUGCGGCCCGGGACCUGGUCUGCCUGGAGCUCCUGGAGACUGGAGGCAACGCCGUGGUCUACGGCGGCGGCCUGGACCUGUACACCUGCGUGGAGACCCUGCUGGCCCUGGGGGUCCCGGGGUCCCGGGUCCACCUGGUCCUCGCCCCCCCCGGGCCCGCCCCGGCCCCCUGCUGCUUCGGGGACCCGGAGGUGGGGCGGGCGGUGGACGGGGCCCUGCGGGGGGCCGGGGUCCCCGUCCACCGGGACUGUGUCCUGGCCCGGAUGGACACGGACGGCGGCUCCGGGAGGAUCACCUCCCUGUCCUUCUCCACCCGGGGCGCCCCGCUGCACCUGCCCUGUGGGGUGCUGUUCAACUUCUCCGGGGAGGGCGUCGACCGCGACGUGUUCCGCAGCGUCCACGGCGCCAGCCUGGUGUUUGACGGGCGGCUGGUGGUCGACGCCCACAACUUCCUCACCGCCGACCCGGCCGUCCGCGCCGCCGGCCCGCUCACCAAGUUCUCCCGCCGCUACCGCGCCGAGCGCUGGGCCCACGCCUGCUACAGCUCCCGGGAGGUGGGCCGUGCCCUGGCGGCGGCCAUGUUGGCUCUGUUGGACCCCACCGUGGAGCCCCCCACCGGCCGCCCCGACCCCGACCACCUGAUCCCGGAGUACUCCCUGCCCCGGGUCCGAGCUGGCAGGCUACCUGGGGGGUUCCACUACCUCCACGUCUCCAAGCCCUCGCCCCUCCCCCCCGUCCAGCCCCCGCCCUCCGCCCUCCCCCUGUUCCAGCCGCCGCCGCCCCCCCAGCAGGGGGCGGCGGUGGUGACGGGGUCCGUGGACGAGGGGAACUACUUCCGGAUCCACCUGGACCGCCACCAGAAGGUCGACGCCCUCACCUGUCUGUCUCUGGAGCCCCUCCCCCUCUCCAACUACCUGUGUCUGUACGGCCGCCACCAGCUGCUGCUGAACCAGCUGCUGGCCCGCAGCCAGGACGGCCCCACCCCCGACCUCUACAGUCUUACCCCACAUGGUAGUCAGCGGAGGUCCCAGAGCUGUGCUGUGAUUGGCCAGGGGCUCCCACCUGACCUCCCGCUGCUCCACAGGUUCUUCAGGGAGCCCUGGAGCCUGGCUCUGUUCCACGACCGCUUCCCCGACCUGGAGCAGGAGAUCCAGCAGGGCCUGGAGUCCCUCCCCCUCACGGACGAGGACCCCACCACCGUGACGGAGCUCAUCCGUCAGCUGGCGGCCGGCCGGCCGGACCUCCGCGGGGGCGACCCGGCGCUCUUCCUGCGGGAGCGGUUUGCGCGGAGCCACGCGCGGGCGGCGCUGAGGACCAGCGCGCUCAACUACCUGAGCUUCAACCGGAGCCAGCUGCCGGGGUACAUGCCGCGCGGCCCGCUGUGACCCCGGCGCGCCCCCCGCUCCUCCGGGACGUCCUGCCUGCUCCGCCCGACGGUGGAGAGCGUUGGUACGACCCCGGGGGCCGGGGGCCUCGGAGGUCCCAUGUGCUUCAGAACUCUGUCCGAGGGGUAAUGUCCCGACCUUUAAACUUGAAUUGUUUAAUUAUAAUAAAGGCAUGACAAUAUGA